GACAGUGCUGCUUUGUUAUAUUAAAGAAAAACAACAACAACAGAAAAAGCACUAUUCAGGGGAAAACAGUGUUAGGGUGAAAAAUCAGCACUGAUUCGCACUAUGUGUCGUCAGAAAGCUCAGCGGUGCGCACCAGCUGGGUGGGAUCAGGCUGUGUUAAUCUCCUCCCUGCUGCCAGCCUUUAUAAUCCCCUCGUGCCGUCCCCGCCAGCACUCAAGGGUGUGUGGUGGCAUGGCCCAGCAGCGUCGUGUUCAGCUCUGCACCCAGCGGCCCACCAGCACUGUCUGCGUGCUGGGCACCGAGCUCUCCUUGGACAUCCAGGGGUCAGCACCCAAGGAUGCCAUUGCCUUCCACGUGCAAGGAACGCCAGGUGUGAAAGUCUACGUGGUGCAUGAGACACAGAGUGUGAAGCUGCCCUCCAGUGUCACCCGUUGGCCCUUGUCUGCUGGCACUGAGGUGCUGCUCACCAUGGAGGCAAUCAGCAAGGAUGUCGGGGAUGAGAAGGUCAGGGUUUCCUAUUUUGGUGAAGCCAGUGGAGUGCCAGUGGGCAGAGCCAUGCUGUACCUCACCUGCGUGGAAGUCUCGCUGGAUGCUGACACUGGCCGCAGCGGGUCGGUCAGCAGGACAUUGGUGGACAAGGCCACAUGGACAUGGGGUCCUGAUGGGCACGGUGCCAUUCUGCUGGUCAACUGCGACCGUGACGACCCCAAGAGCCGGUUGACGGGUGAUGGCAGCGAACCCAAAAGCCAGCCGACAGAUAAUCGCGACACCACUGUGUGCUCCUAUGAGGACCUGAAGGACAUGUCACAAAUGGUUCUGCGGACUCGUGGACCACGCACCAUCUUCACCGGCCACGGCCUUGUGCUACACGUGGGUUUCAGUGAUGCUGAUAAAGUCGGCGUGUUCUACGGAGGCAACAGCAUCGCACUGGAGGAAUACAAGCAUGUGCUGGGGGGUGAGAAGCUUGCCUAUGCUGUGAAGCCCAGCCGGCACCAGGAGGAAAGUAUCUUCUAUGUGGAGGGGCUUGCCUUCCCUGAUGCUGGCUUUUCAGGGCUGGUUGCGUUUCAUGUCACACUGCUGGAGAGCUCUGAGAAGGGCUUCCUGGAGACACCGAUUUUCACGGACACGGUGGUGUUCCGUGUGGCUCCAUGGAUCAUGACACCCAACACGCUGGCACCAUUGGAGGUCUUUGUGCCCAGUGUGGAGGACAAUGAGGACUUUGUGGCAGCCAUCAGCGCACUGGCUGAGGAAGCCAAGUGCCCAGUGACCAUCUGCCCACUGCCCGAGAACCGCAAUGACCGCUGGAUCCAGGAUGAAGUGGAGUUUGGCUAUGUGCAAGCGCCCCAUAAAACAUUCCCAGUGGUCUUUGAUUCACCUCGUGACCGCGGCCUGAAGGACUUCCCUGUCAGGAGCAUCCUGGGCCCUGAUUUUGGCUAUGUGGCUCAGAAAACACCAGAGAACACCUCCAGCCUCGACUCCUUUGGCAACCUGGAGGUCAGUCCCCCAGUGACUGUGCGCAGCAAGGAGUACCCACUGGGCCGCAUCCUCAUUGGCAGCAGCUUCCCCAGGUUUGGUGGCCGGCGCAUGGCCAAAGCGGUGCGGAAUUUCCUUGCUGCCCAACGGGUGCAGGCGCCUGUGGAGCUCUUCUCGGACUGGCUGCAGGUUGGACAUGUUGACGAAUUCCUCAGCUUCAUCCCUGCACCCGAUCGGAAGGGCUUUCGGCUGCUGCUGGCAAGCCCCAGUGCCUGCUACCAGCUGCUCAGGGAGAAGCAGGAGAUGGGCUAUGGGGAAGCGACAAUGUUCCAGGGGCUGCACGGCGUGCCCAAGCCGAGCAUCAACGAGAUCCUGGCUAAUGAAGCACUGCGCAAGUUCAAUGCCUAUGCGCAGAGCUGCAUCAGUUGGAACCGAGACAUCCUGAAGCGGGAGCUGGGGCUGGCUGAGCAGGACAUCAUUGACAUCCCGCAGCUCUUCCAAGCCGAUGACCAAACUAGAGCCAUGGCCUAUUUCCCUGACAUGGUGAACAUGCUGGUGCUGGGCAGACACUUGGGUAUCCCCAAGCCCUUUGGGCCGCUGGUAGCUGGGCAGUGCUGCCUGGAGGAGCGGGUGCGGGCACUGCUGCAGCCCCUGGGGCUCUCCUGCACCUUCAUCGAUGAUUUCUUCUCCUACCACAAGCUUGCUGGAGAGGUGCACUGCGGCACCAAUGUCCGCCGCAAGCCCUUUGCCUUCAAGUGGUGGCGGAUGGUGCCCUGAGCUGCCCAUUUUCCUCCCUUUUUUUCCCUAAAUCCCUUCUCCCUCCCUGUAAGUGCCUUCUGUGCAGCAGUCCCCCCCCCCCAACUCCCAUUGGAAAUAAAUGAGGGCUGCGCUUGCUCCCAGCCUCCUGCUGAGGUUAAAGACAUCUUUGAAGUGUUCAGGGGUGUGAUGCAGAGCUCUGCAGCAAUGUAUAUGGAAAAAGCAUUUGCAUGUCCAACUACGCAAUGGAUGCAUGCACAAAAAUGUACACGUGCAAAACUACAGAAAAAAAAUGUGAGCAGAAGCUUACAAAAUGUGUAUGCAUGCAUGAGAAUGCUAACAGGAAAACACACGUGCAUGCAUAAAAAGAAAAGCCCGCUGAAAGUGCACAGAAAUGCACAGGCUGCUUUACAAAGUGGGCAUGCAUACGAAUAUGAAUGAUAGUGUGCAUGCCUGUUUUGGUGUAGUUCUAACAGCCAAAUACACAAACUGCCAGGCAUGUGCUACAACAGGCAAGCAUGCACAAAAGAAUGCAUACAUGGACAAAAAUAUGCAUGCAAAAAAAAAUCCAAAUGCAAAAUAAUCACAUUUAGAGAGUAAAAUGCACAGAUACACUGGGAAAAAAUGCACAUGUGCAAAUGCAUGUAAAAAAGUAAGUGUGCAUGCAUGCACAAGGACACGUGUAUGUAUGCACUGCUGUGUUUGCACCCUGCUUCCAAAAUCAUAGAGGGAACUGAGGGGAGUAGAUCCGGGGAUGGAGGAUUGUGAUAGCAGCAGGAUGGUGCCCUCUAACGGCUGCGGGUUUGCUUUUAGGGAUGCUGGUGCUGCUUCGUGCACUGCUUCGGGGUGAACAGGGAGCAUUCCCUUUAUUUGUCCAUUUUGGUUACAAGAGAAAAGAAAAUGGGGGCAGGGAUGAAGGUGAGGAACUUCUCACCUUCAU